AUGGAUAUCAAGAAUGCAUGCAAUGGAGAGAUAAAAGAAGAAGACCUGCGUGGAAUUUUCCAAGAAUUUGAUCUAAAUGGAGAUGGUUAUAUUCAAAAAGAUGAGUUAAAUGCAGCAAUGAUAAGAAUGGGUCAGUGUCCAACAGAAGAGGAACUAAAUGCAAUGUUCAAUGCUGCUGAUACUGAUAAAGAUGGAAAUAUUGAUUUUAAUGAAUUUUUGUCGAUAGCCGUUGCAAAUCCGCAGUCAUUAUCGUUGAAAGCCGUUUUCGAUGAGUUAGACGUAAAUGGUGAUGGCUUCAUAACGCGAUCUGAGUUGCGUACGGCUUUUCAACGAAUGGGACAUAAUUUAUCGGAUAGUGAUAUUAAAGCUAUUUAUAACCAAGUAGAUGUUAAUAGAGAUGGGAAAAUUAAUUUGGAAGAAUUUUGUCAAAUGAUGGCGAGAAAAAAAAGCUGA